AUGGCAUUAAGUGACUCAAACUAUAAGCAUUGUCCAUCUAAAGAUGAGUGGAGCAAAGUGGAGAAGAUUUGCAAUUUCUUAGGAGAAUUUUAUAAUGUCACCAAAGUCUUUUCUGGAACAAAAUAUGCUAUAGCAAAUUUGUACUUUCCUGCUGUGUUUUUAGUUCAACGAAAAUUGCUAACUGAAAAGGAGAGUUUGGAUGAGUUCUUGUUUAGCAUGGCCACUAAAAUGUAUUCGAAAUUCUCUAAAUAUUGGUCAGAAUUUAGCAUGAUCCUUACUAUUGCUGUGAUUUUAGACCCUCGUUUCAAGCUUUAUUUUGUGGCUUUUAGUUACACUAAGAUUUAUGGUUAUGAUUCUAGAGAGAUCAAAAGGGUCUGUGAUAACUUGUUUAGUCUCUUUAAUGAGUAUUUGUGUGAUUCUCAUUCUCAUAUGAGCACAAAAGCCACUUCACAAACAGUUGGAAGUUGUUCUUAUGAAAGAGAAAAAGCAUUUUGGACAAAAGAGAGUAGAGAUAUCAUGCAGGAAUUUGAUAGUUUUGAAAGUGAUGAAUUUGAUAGUGCUCAAAAAUCAGAAUUAGAAUUGUAUUUGGAUGAGCCAAAGGUUGACAGGAAAGUAGACCUUAAUGUGCUUGUAUAUUGGAAGGCCAACCAAUUUAGGUAUCCAGUACUUUCUCGUAUGGCUCGAGAUGUAUUAAGCAUUCCAGUGUCUACGGUUGCUUCCGAGGCUGCUUUUAGUGUUGGUGGUCGAAUUCUUGAUCAAUUCCGUAGUUGUUUUAAACCCGAGAAUAUGGAGGCUUUGGGUCUUAGUGCAUUGAUUUAUGCUGGAAUUGGAAUAGUGGAAGGAAAUGAUUCAUCUGGAGAGUGGGAGGAACUGGAACUAAAGACAUCUCAGUUUUGA